UCUCUCUCCACAUCCAUUUCCUUCCCUGCAGAGCGAAAAUGGCGGUCUUAUGCAAUGCCAUCUCUGCUUGUCCUAUUAUAACAUCCGCUAAAGUUGCAGUGUGUUCGAGCUCUCGAGUCUCAGUUCCUCAGCUUCAUCUUUCCAAUUCUCCCUUUGUUCCUGAGGUUAACAAGGCAAUUGAUUCUUUGUCAAAAGAGUUCAGAGAAGUUGACAAUUUAGUGGCUCGCAAUACUGCCCGAGUUUUGAGAGCUUUCCAAAGGGUCAGGGUUGGGUCUCAUCACUUUGGUGGUAGCACGGGCUAUGGUCAUGAAGAAGCUGGUGGACGUGAAGCCUUGGACGAGGCUUUUGCAGAAAUUUUUGGUGCUGAGUCUGCAAUUGUACGAGCACAGUUCUUCUCAGGUACUCAUGCUAUCACUUGUGCAUUAUUCGCUUUCUUAAGACCAGGGGACGAGCUGUUGGCGGUGGCUGGUGCACCUUAUGAUACUCUGGAGGAAGUUAUUGGAAAAAGGGAUUCUGGUGGAUUGGGUUCCUUAAAAGACUUUGGAGUAGAAUACCGGGAAGUCCCCCUUGCAGAGGAUGGCGGGCUUGACUGGGAUGCACUUAAAACAUCUUUAAGACCUCAUACGAGGUGUGCACUCAUACAGAGAUCAUGUGGUUAUUCCUGGCGUCGCAGUUUGAGUGUAACUGAGAUAGGUCAGGCCAUCACUAUAAUCAAGAUGCAGAACCCAAGAUGCCUGGUCAUGGUAGAUAACUGCUAUGGUGAAUUUGCUGAUGACAUCGAACCUCCUAUGGUGGGUGCUGACCUAAUUGCGGGCAGUUUAAUAAAAAAUCCUGGUGGGACGAUUGCACCAUGCGGUGGAUAUGUUGCAGGAAGAAAAAGAUGGGUGGAAGCAGCAGCUGCCCGUCUCUCGGCUCCAGGACUUGGAGUUGAUUGUGGCUCGACCCCUGGUGAUAUAAUGAGAACCUUCUUUCAGGGUUUAUACCUCUCACCUCAAAUGGUUGGUGAAGCAAUAAAGGGAAGCUUUCUGAUAGCUGAAGUCAUGGCAGCUAGAGGAUAUAAAGUGCAGCCACUUUGUCGGGUCAAGCGUCAUGAUACAGUGCAGGCAGUACAACUUGGAAGCCGUGAGCGUCUACUUUCCUUUUGCGAGGCUGUUCAGAGAAGUUCUCCUGUCAGUUCUUUUAUCAGGCCUGUUGCAGGUGCGACUGCUGGCUAUGCAUCUGAGGUAAUUUUUGCUGAUGGAACCUUCAUCGAUGGAAGUACUAGCGAGCUCUCAUGUGAUGGGCCGCUAAGAGAGCCUUUCUCUGUGUUUUGUCAGGGUGGCACUCAUUGGACGCAGUGGGGACUAGUUUUGGGGGAGGUUUUGAAAUCUCUAUGAAACCUGGAAAGAUUGUGCAUUGGUGAAAUACCCUUAGCGAAACUUCUUUGUUUGCACCAAGUUCCUCAAAGUCUCAUCGACAUGGUGAAUUGUCGCCUAAAGAGAAUACAUCAAUUUUCUACCAUUUAGAGGUAAUGAUAACAAUUUUCUAUUUGCACUGCGGAAAAGCCUUGGUCUGCCAAUGAUGAUAAUUACCGGUUUGGUCUUCUAUGAACUACGGAUAUGUGAAAGUCUGGAAGGAUAACUAUGAUCAUAUGUACCUCUUGACUAUGAUAUUUUCGUGGCUUCAGUGAGUAUGAUUAUUCUAUUGAAAAGAUUUCCUUUAAUGAUUGUCAGAUUAUGGACGCAAUCACUAAUUCCUGUCUCACCCCAUCAGGCCAGAGAAUGAUAACAUGUGGUCCACAUUGUCUUAUCGUAUACAAGAUGCAAAGGAGGUGAAGUUGGUUGCUCCGCCAUGGAAAUUAGAACAAGAAAUCCGGCGUAAGCAUUUGUUAGUCUCAGUAUUAAUGUUUUGGUCAAUACAAGUUGUUUCUCAGAAAAGGAAUGAAAAAAAAUUGCAUGGAAUUUCAAAGGCACAGCCAUGUGUUUCAAAGAGGAAAAUGAGAGGGUUGGUUUCCCCUCUUCCGAUGUGCACCAGAAGAUAUGGUUAGAAAGUUCUGUAGAUUCCUGAAAGUAAUAAAUUAUAUUCUUCCUGACAAAACAUGCAUGAUUUUACUAGGUGCUCAAAUACUUGAAAUGAUUUUCAAUUCAUUGUUUAUGGGUAAUCCUAAAAGGAUAAUGAGAAAAGAUUGGCAGAGCUAGGAGCACUGGUGUUGUUUAUCAUUCUGUUAUAAUUUAAUUACUCUGUACCAUGUUUAGCUCA